CGAAGGAGGGAGAGGGGCCGGCUCGCCGAGGCCAUGUGAUGCUGGGCGCCAGCGAGCCGCCCGCCGCCCUCGCCAGAGCCUCCUCCUUCCUCCUCGGAUCGCGGGGCUGUCAUGGCGACCCCCAACAACCUGACCCCCACCAACUGCAGCUGGUGGCCCAUCUCGGCGCUGGAGAGCGAUGCUGCCAAGCCCGCGGAGGCCCCCGACGCGCCCGAGGCGUCCAGCCCCGCCCAUUGGCCCAAGGAGAGCCUGGUUCUGUACCACUGGACCCAGUCCUUCAGCUCGCAGAAGGUGCGGCUGGUGAUCGCCGAGAAGGGCCUGGCGUGCGAGGAGCGGGACGUGAGCCUGCCACAGAGCGAGCACAAGGAGCCCUGGUUCAUGCGGCUCAACCUGGGGGAGGAGGUGCCUGUUAUCAUCCACCGCGACAACAUCAUCAGUGACUAUGACCAAAUCAUCGACUACGUGGAGCGUACCUUCACAGGAGAGCACGUGGUGGCCCUGAUGCCUGAGGCAGGCAGCCCACAACAUGCCAGGGUGCUGCAGUAUCGGGAGCUGUUGGACGCGCUGCCCAUGGACGCCUACACACAUGGCUGUAUCCUGCACCCUGAGCUCACCACAGACUCCAUGAUCCCCAAGUAUGCCACGGCCGAGAUCCGCAGACAUUUAGCCAACGCCACGACAGACCUUAUGAAGCUGGACCACGAAGAAGAGCCACAGCUCUCCGAGCCCUACCUUUCAAAGCAGAAGAAGCUCAUGGCCAAGAUCCUGGAGCACGAUGAUGUGGUCUACCUGAAGAAGAUCCUCGGGGAACUGGCCAUGGUUCUGGACCAGAUCGAGGCCGAGCUGGAGAAGAGGAAGCUUGAGAACGAAGGGCAGAAAUGCGAGCUGUGGCUCUGUGGCUGUGCCUUCACCCUGGCCGAUGUCCUCCUGGGAGCCACCCUGCACCGCCUCAAGUUCCUGGGACUGUCCAAGAAAUACUGGGAAGACGGCAGCCGGCCCAACCUGCAGUCCUUCUUUGAGAGGGUCCAGAGACGCUUUGCCUUCCGGAAAGUGCUGGGCGACAUCCACACCACCCUGCUGUCGGCCGUCAUCCCCAACGCGUUCCGGCUGGUCAAGCGGAAACCGCCGUCGUUCUUCGGGGCGUCCUUCCUCAUGGGCUCACUGGGCGGGAUGGGUUACUUUGCCUACUGGUACCUCAAGAAAAAAUACAUCUAGAGACGGGCCAGGGCCUGGUGUCUGACUGUCGGUGUCUCUGUGCUGUGCUUCCCAAUGCCCGCUCAGUAACUCACUGUCCCGUGAGCACUGGUCGGUACUCCCCGCCCCUCGUUCUGAGCAAUCGUGUCGUCGGUGUGACAACAUUCCAUAGUUUAGAAGUAGAUGUCGCCAAAGCCGUGACUGGAAGCCAUGGCUCUACUAGAGGAGAGAAAGAGAGGGAGUGAAUGAGAGAGAGAGAGAGAGAGAAAAAAAAAAGAGAGAGAGAGCAAGCGA